AUGCCCAAAAAGUCAGACAAGCCCUGGCACGAUAUCUCCGAGGAAUCCAGUUUCUACGGCAAUGACGAAGAAAGGUCCCUUCUGGAAGAACAAGUCAGGAACGACGCCUUGAAGUCAUCCUCGUCAAAGUCAAAGACAACGCAAAAGUCUAAAUCGAAGGCCAAGCCCGCAAUCGCAAUGUCCAGUACUGAUUCGGAUUCCGACGUCGAGGUCAUCUCUCCGCCGAAAGAACGGUCGUCAAGAGGAAAGGGAAAGGAAAAGGCAUCCGCGUCCAAGUCUACUUCCACGUCUAAGAAGACAUCCUCAGUCAAGACAAGUGAGGCGAAGGGUCGAGGAUCUGCCAAAGAUCCAGAACCUGCGUCGGAGCCUGCAAAGAAAUCGACCAGAAAGAGAGGCAGGAAAGAGGAUCCAAGCUCAACAGACUCAGACUCGGAUGCUUUCACUCCCGAACCCAAGAAGAGAUCCAACCCAAAGAAACGCAAGGCAGACAGUCCUCAGCCGGCAGUCUCUGACUCUGCACCUCCACCCAACAAGAAGCCUGCGCAGAGGGCUGAGUCCCCCGAAUCUACGGACUCGGGCUCGCCAUCGCCAUCGCCGUCUCCGCCCCGAGAACCGUUCCCAGAGGAAACUGAAGAACCGGAACCCUAUGGCGACGAUGCAUCUACUGAGGACCCGGACGAAUCGGACCCAUACGAAAGCAAGUAUGACGAUUACUACCCAGACGAAGCAGACCCCGUCAUGCGCCGUCCCGACGUCGAUCUCCUGAGAGAGCGCCGACCCAAUCAAUCGAUGUCCAACCUCGUCGCAAGCAUGCCGCCCUCCACUGCAAACAUGCACGACACCGGACCUUGGAUCUUCGUGCAUAACCCUCACUACCGGGGGCCGCAGCCACCAAAUCCGAGCAGCUUCUGGGUCGAAGCGUCGGAGGAUAACAUGGGAGGGUUUGGCAGCAGCACCCCGAUAAGACGCCUUGGAGGAAGCUUUUCGUCAGCGGAAAACCAUCGGACUCAACAGUUCAUGGAACGGAGUAUCCUUGACCUGGCGAGAAGGGAAGGCAUCAAGACGGGCAAGUGGUUGUUCUUUAUGGCGCCGGACCGGGUGGACUAUGUCUGGAACGUGAUUGCGCAGGCGACGGAGAGAGGAGAGCUGGGGCCGUCGUCGAAAGUAGCCACAAAUGACGGGUCGGGCAAGGCACGCAUGAUUGCAGUCUACACGUAUGAUUUCGACGACGUGGCUGAUAUAAGGAGGGUGGCGCGGAAACUGGUCGAUCUAGGCCUGAUCAAGCCCUAUGAUCGACCGAUUUACUACAAGACUGAUGCUUAUACGCACUUGGACAUUAAUUCUGGUAACGCUUGGGGGCUGAAGACGAGCAUGUACAAUAGCAGGGACAUAUUGGCGGGAGGGUUCUGA